CCGCCCUUUCUCUCAGAGUCAGACUCAGACACAUUCCACACACACACACACACACACACAUCAGGCCGGCCAUGAUGCACUCAUGCAUACUAGCUAUGAUCCAAAGGAAAUGAUCCCUCCCCCAUGCCUGCUGAACCUGUCUUUUGCUUUGGCGAGCACUGCCACUGUGCGCGAGCAUUGUAUAGCCAGCCGCGUAUGGGCAUCGCCCACUUUCAGUUUCGGGGCGCCAUCCUCCAUAUGCUGCUGCUGCUGGCUGCUGCUGCCUUGGCAUGACUAUGUCUAUGUGAUUGCUGCAUUGCAUCCCUCCAUUCCCUUGGCUCUUAGCCCUUGGUAGGAUUAGAGUAGCUAGGACCCAUCCCAUGCAUAUGCAUGUUCACUUGGUUAGGAGCGAGAGGGAUCGAGGAGGCUAGCUGCUGCUUGUGUGGUGAGUGAGAGGCCAUGAUCGAGUCCCAAAUCUCGGUCUGAUCAUGAUCAGGGGAGGGGGCCGCCACCGGCCGGGCUUUCUUUCCAAGUGGGUGUGGGCUACCAUUGGCGCUUGUUGAGAUGUGCAUGCAUGCAUGCAUGAUUUCGUCCUCUCUCUCUCUCUCUCUCUCUCUCUCUAUUUCUCUCGUGCUUUGCUUUGAUCAUGGCGCCCCGGCCCCCUGCCCCUGCCUGAUAACACCUCUCCCUGACCGCCUUGUUUCCCCGGCCUCCUGCUAGCCGCUGCUGCUCCUUUCUUUCUCGAUCGCCCGGGCCACAAGGAUUGCAAAGCAAAGCAAAGCAAACAACCACCACACAACACCUCACCCCCACCACACACGCACGCCAUUCGUUUCUGCUGGCAUGCGCCCUGCAGCCGUUUUAUUAGGAAACGCUCCCCUUUCCGUUUUAGUUUAGUGUAUAAGUGGCCAGCAGCAGCAGCAGCAGCUUCAAAGUUCUCAGCUCAGCAGCUAGCUAGCGCAUCUCAAAAUACCAGUGCUUCUUGCUUUCUCUAUCUACGUACUGCAUAUACCUGUGCUGGACUUUGCUGCUGCUUCCAGCUGGCCGGUUCCAUUCCUGGGACGAGCUGAGGCUAGCUACCACUACGUCCUUCAGUGGUGGUUGGCGUUUCAGUAGACUGUCAGCUGUGUUUCUCUGCAUGAUUUGAUAAGUUUCAGUUUCAGGUUCUUUUUUUUUUUAAUUCGGUAUCUACGACGUUUGCCACCCAAAGAUGACCGGCAGCAACGCGUCUUAUCAGCAGCAGCUCGGCCUCGGAGUCGGAGUCGGAGUCGACGCCAUGACGAGGAACUGCUUCGUCAGCGGCGAUGGCAGUGAUAUCAUCAGCGCCGACGCCGCACCCCUCUUCCACGUCCCGGAGUACACGCCCAGCAGCGGCUUUGGGUUUGUCGGCGAACCGGCGGCAGCGGACAUCGCCGCCUCGAGCUUCCCGGCGGACGGCUCGGUGCUGCUUGCCGGCCACCAGCUGCUCCGUGCCACCGCGCUGCAGAGCGUGUCGCCGGAGGAGACGACGCACGCUGGUGGUGCCUACGGCGUCACCGGCGGCGGGUCGUACUCGUACUCGUACGUCCCGUCGCCCUGGGAUGUCACCGUGGCUCACGCGCCCAGGAUGGCCAAGCAGCUUAGUAUCGCCGGCGAGCCGGCGGAAGGCGGAUGGAUCCACGAGUCCUCGUACUACUGCCCGACGACGUGGUUCUCUGGUCACGCGCAGUUCGCCGGGGCGCCGGCGAGCGAGUUGUCGCUCAGGCUGCGCGCUGGGUCCUCGCCGACGGCAGGUGCUGUGAGUGCGAGCCUGCCGGAUCAGUCCUCGGAGGUCAGCUGCUCUGGCCCCGGUCUGUUCCAGCCUCCUUGCGGCGCCGGCGGACAGGUGGUGCGUCAGGUGCCCAUGCACUUCUCGCAGGUCCUGUCGCGGUGGUCCGGGUACGCCAACAUCGCACAGCAGGCGCUGGACGAGUUCGUCGGCUGCCUGCUGCAAGACGUGGCCGGGUUCGCCGGCUUCACCACCGGUGGCGGUGAGGCGAGCUGCCCGCUGCCAUCAUCAAGCUGCUCCAAGACGACGUCGUCAUCCGACCCGAACCCGUCGAUGUUUCUUGGCUCAGAGGAGCACAAUCAUAAGCUCAAGAACGAUCUCCAGAAACUGUUACAGAUUAUGGACCAACGGUGCAAGCAAUGCAUGGACGAGAUCCAGAGCGCGGCAUGCAAGUACGGCAGCCUGGUGCGCCCGGGCGGCGGCGCGCUCUCGGCGCCGUUUGCGCACGGCGCGGUGUCAGCGAUGCACCGGAGGCUCAGGGCGCGGAUCACAGGCGAGAUCGCGGCGGCCACGCGGAGAGGGGAUCAGCCGUCGUCGUCGUCGUCGCUGUCGCUGACGCUGGCCGACAGGGAGCGCAGCUGGGAGUCGGCCUUCAUCCAGAAGCACUGGGCGCUGCGGCAGCUCCGGCGCGGCGACCAGCAGUCGUGGCGGCCGCAGCGCGGCCUCCCGGAGAAGUCCGUGGCCGUGCUCAAAGCCUGGAUGUUCGAGAACUUCCUCCGCCCGUACCCGAAAGACAACGAGAAGGAGAUGUUAGCAGCUAGGAGCGGCCUGAGCAGGAGCCAGGUUUCCAACUGGUUCAUCAACGCCCGCGUUCGGCUGUGGAAGCCGAUGAUAGAGGAGAUGUACGAGGAUCUCAAGAAGGCCUCGGGAGGAAUGGAGGGUGUGUGAUUGCCUGAAAAAGUGAGCAGCAGGGAUUGCAGUUUAAAGCUAUAUAAGAUGGUGAUUUCCCCACAUCCAGGAUGGAAUUGUGUAAUCGCAGCGUUGCUCCGGGGGCUUUUACACAAGCAUUGUUGCUGCCACCCUGUGAUCUAUAUAUAUGUAUAACCUUGUAAUCGCCUUGGCGUAUAUAUAGAACUAUCAGAAUCUGCAACUUGCACCGUAGGUCCUUUGCUGUCACAGUGUCA